GUACGAUGCCGCACUCAAGGACCACCGGGAGCAGUCGCGCUGGACGAAGGUCCGCCGGCAGCUGGAGACGGAGGCACGCACCAUGGAGGAGAGUUUCAUCAGCAAGCACAACGCUUCCACAGAGGAGGUCGUUGAGCUGAACGUUGGCGGGACGUACUUUUCAGUGUCCAG